AUGGCAUGCGCGACACUCGAGGCUACGCAACGUGAUAUUGUAAACAUCAGGGUAAAGAUACAAUUUGCUCCCCUUCUCGACCCACCCGUGUCGGGUGGCAUGACGGACACGCUGUCUAGACUCAAGGCUAUCAUCAUGAAGGAAGGACCAGUAUCACAGUCAGAAUAUACCGAGGUCCCCGUACUUCUGCGGCGCCUGCGAUAUUUGCUGCGUGCAUUUUACGAUGCCAAGAUUAUGAAGAAGAGUCCUGUCGAUCCCAAAUACUACGACCUCAAGAGUAUGGCAGAUGUGGGUCUGCAGCUGCACAGACUCGGGAUCUACCUCCAGCUGAAACCUGCGCGUCUCCGUGCCCUCUGCAAAACUGCGCCCGACACAGAAGUCCUCGUUCUUGACGAGCCUAUGGAUAUUGGCAAAUGGCGAAAACAGGCACACAAUGCCGCGCAGACUCUAUUGGAAGACCCGGAAUCCAACGACUCCGAAAGCGUGAGUGUGGCUGAGCUGGAGGUCAGCGCUGACGACGAUCUUGCCGCCUUUGAGAUGGUGCCGUUCGUCGCAGAUGUCCUUGUUGCAUUUAUACAAAUCCCUGCGCAUGAUAACGCAGACAAGAGGCGCAAGGGGAAGGCUCUGAAGAGACUAGUCGAGUUUUCUACAUGUCCCUUGCAUCGCUCUGCUCUAGGCGAUUACCUUGCGGACUCAAUGCGCCCUCUCUAUGGAUCCGACAAACUCACCCAAGAUUUCGUCGCAGCAGGUGGCUUGCCCGCGCUUGUCUUAGACUGGGCUGAGAGCUUUGCUACAACCACAAGUCAGAAGGCACUUGACAAACUUCAUAGUGGCGCUUGGCAGAAUCAAAGUGUGGAGUCGCUUCAGCAUAUCUUACGAGGACUGAUACACAAGGUGGAGAAAGAUGUAGAUGAGGCUGUUGUGAACCCGCUCUUCGUAAGGAUCGUGCACGAAAUCUACUCACGAUACGGAAAAGCGCCCUUUGAGCGUGGCAGCCAGCUCUCUCAUAACGAAAUCAUCAUAUUCUUCCUCUGGCGGCGUUUUUCAAGCAAGCCCAACGCGUACAAAUCACCGGAGGCUAUUCUGGGACUGCUCAAGAAGUACAGGAACGUACCUUGGACCACCCGGCAGCGCCACGGGUGGAUGACGCUGAGUAUCUCUGGCCGCUGGGAUUGCAUCGAAAUGUACGGCUGCAAACAUGCCGACUGUCCAGAACGACAGGUGCUGCUAUACCUCAAAGAGAAAAGAAUAAGAGCAAAGCCUGCGCAAGGCAUGUUGCGUUCUGUCCGUGUUUGGACUAAGGCAGAUUGGAAAACGCACAAAGAGACGUGUAAAGAAAUGACAACGAUGAAGAAGGAGGCUAUGGAAGUCGAGAUUUGA